AUUUAAUUUUUAAAUCUUUGGCAUUAUUCUGAUUUUGUUUGAAAAAAUUUAAUAAAACUGUGGAAAAACUACUGUUGAAAAGUGGAAAUAGUUAUUUUUCGAAAAUAAAUGAAGUAUUGAAUGAUAAAAACUAUAUUAAGUGAAGUCGCAAUUAAAAUUGCAUUCAAAAAACAGUGAAAAAUGGAAACACCAAACAAAAAUAAUUUUCCUCAAUAUGUUUGUUCAUCAAUUAUAAGUCCAUCAGAGCAAGAAAUAUGGAAUACAAAUCAAGAAGAAUCUCCUACAUCAAGUGAUGAAUCUCCAAGAUUUCAGGAAAAUCCAUUAAAUCGUAGUUUUGAUGGAACUGGAAGCAAAAGAGGUCGACCAAAGUCUGAGCUUCUUACAACGCUUAUGAUACAGGGAUCAACAUCGCCUUCAGCUAUAAAGUGCAAAUUUUGUAAUCGCGUCUUUCCACGAGAUAAAUCUCUCUCAGCUCAUCUCAGAACUCAUACCGGCGAAAAACCAUAUGUGUGCGAUUUUCCUGGAUGUUCUCGAGCAUUCACACAAAGUGGACAACUUAAAACACAUCAACGAUUACAUACAGGAGAACGACCGUUUCAAUGCAGUUUUGUUGGAUGUCAGAUGCGCUUUACACAUGCAAAUCGUCACUGCCCCGAUCAUCCUUAUGAUGCUUUAAAGAGAUGUGAUGAUGAAUUUCUUUUAACUUCACCACCCGAAGAGCAGAGCACAGAGAUUCUCAAGUGGUUACAGAAAUAUCGUGAGGAUCGUCAAAAUAUGUUACAACAACAAUCACUUUCACCUUCACCAAAUACAUCACGUCAAACACCCAAACGCUCUUCAUCAUCAUUAACCUGCAGUACCAAAGGAAAUGAUGAGAACAAAAAGCGAUUUAUUAGUCGUUCAAAUAUUUCAACUCCCACUGGAGUUGUUAAACAGGAAAAUUGUGAUUUGUCAAGUAAUGAAUUGACUGCAAUGUCACCAAGUAAAGCAGGACGUAAAGGUCUGAUGUGUGAGAUGGACAUGAAUGCUGGGUUAAUACAAAGCUCAACCCCACUUCAACUUUCAUCAAGUGUCAAUGAAAUUUCUGACAUUUCAUCUUUAAUGAUGGGAAGUCCAAUCACGGGAAAUAAACUCAAAUGUUGUAGACCAAAAGUAAUUUUAUGGAAAGAGCCAAUUGAAGACAAUGAUGAAGAUCCAUUAGAAAAUGGAUCAAACGAACUCACACCGAAAAUUGAAAAAAGAAUUACAACUUCUUCCUCCUCUCCAGUCAAAAAAUCUUUCAAUCCAAAGAAGAAAUGGUUACGCGAAGCUUGGCAAGAAGAUCUCGGAGCUAAACCACUUGAUGGCUACGGCGUUAAUCAUCCUUUGUAUCAAUGUCCAUCGCAAAACGACAUUGAAAAUUGGCAAAUGGCCUCAUCAUCCAAUGAUUCAGUAAGCACAAGCAACGAUGCCUUUUCAAAUCCAAAUCAAAGUAGACCCAGUGUGUUAUUUAUGGGACCUAAUCUUAAGGAUAAGAUUGUAUAAUUAAAUAUUUUUUUUAGAAAGAUGAAUUAACUUCAUUUUCACAAAAUAUAAUAUUAGCUGCUAUGUAGAUGUUAAAAGAUAUAUUAUAUGGUACUAUUAAACUUUUAUUAAAUGAAAUAAAAGAAAAAUGAAAAAACCGUUAAA